AUGUCGUCAAAGAAAGUAUUCUUGGGUUUGGCUGUCGUAGGUGGUGGUCUCUACUACUACGACCAGAACGUGCUGCCCAUUUUCCCCCGUAAUGAAGUGACGGAAAAGAUUGCCAACAAGUCCACUCAAGCAAACAAGGAGCUCAAAGAGGACUGGAAGAAGUUGGAUGCCAAAACUAGAGAGUUUGGCUCGCAAUUGAAGAAGACCGUCACUCACCUGGCUGAUGACAUCAAGAACAGAACUGAGUCCACCGUCGCCGCUGUUAAGGACACAGACACUUACAACAAAUGGUCUCAAAAGGUUGAAGACUACUCCAAGGAUGUGCAGCGUGCUGCAGAGGAGGUGGAGAACAAGCCACUCCCAUCUAGAUUGGCUGCGAAAUACGUUGACCUCGUGAACAAGGCUGGCCAGACCGAGGAGGAGAAGUUAAAGGAGCUCGCAAGCUCUACCUCGGCCAGACAGCAAGAAAUCAAGAAGGACUUGCAAAAGUCCCAUCAGCUGUGGUCGCUGUGGUGGUCUGGAAAGAAGUCUGAUGCCGAAGAUAAGGCUGAUGAGUUGAAGUCCAGAGCCGAGAGCGAGAAGCAAUCUUGGUUCAACUGGGGCUCUGCCAAAAAGAACGAAGCUGAGCUGAAGGUGGAGCAGGCCAAGAGAGAUGCAGAGAAGGAGAAGGAUCUGUGGUUGAACUGGGGCUCCAGUAAGAAGUCAGAGGCCGAGAGAAAGGCCGAGCAAUUGAAGGCUGAUGCUGAGAAGGAGAAGAACCUGUGGGCCAACUGGGGUUCCGCCAAGAAGGAUGAGGCUGACAGAAAGAUUAACCAGGCUAAGGCUGAUGCAGAGAGAGAGAAGGAUCUGUGGUCUGCUUGGGGAAACUCCAAGGCCAACGAAGCUGAGAGAAAGGCCAGAGAGACCUCCAACGACUUGCAGGCUGGUUACGAGAAACAAAAGAAGGAGUGGAGCGACUCUUUUGAGGCCGGUAAGCAGACUGCCGUUGACGAGUACAACAGAGCUAAGAAGAACUUGGAGGACUUGUUGAACGAUGCCGAGAAGAAGACCGAGAAGCUUGUUGGAAGAGCCAAGGCUGACCACGACCAGCAUUUGAAGGCUGCUAAGAACGAUCUUCUGAGCGCAGCCACUAACUUGAAGAAGUACGGUAGCGACUUGAUCGACGCCGUUACUGGAGACAAGAAGUAA